AUGCCUGGCCUGGAGAUUCCCGGUGAAUUUCUGCGGCAUGCUGUUCUAGACACAGUUGUGCCGCAUGCCCCGGGGCUGGAUAUCGAAGGUGCCCUGACCUCGGCCCUGGAGGAUGGUGCAGAUGACCUUCCCUCAGUGCUUUCCUCAAUCCCUCAGCGCGCUUUGCUCUUUUUUGAUGAAUUCCUUCCCGUCCGUAUCGUUCUGCGACUCUCGGACUGCACAGAAGCGAUCCUCAAACAUUAUUUACCCCGUCUCGAAAUCAGACUCGAUGUCUAUGCGGUAGACCCAGCAGAGUCGGUGGCAGAAAACCCGACGCCGACUCGCGAAGUGAUAUUUUCUGGUAUUGUGGACACCGAUGAGGAGCCAUUGGUGAUUUUCAAUGAGUUUGAGGGUGAAGCCGGAACGGGGAACCACGUCUACCUCAUUUGGAACUUGGAUACAUUCCUCCGACGCCCGCGAAAUCGCAUCCAGCAUCCAUCUCUUCUAUUCAUUGCGUCCGCCAGUCUCAGUCCUUCCGAAACCUGCCUACCCGAAGAGAAUGAAGAUGAUUAUCUACCCGCACUCGUCCCUGCGUCAACGAAUAUGCUCCAGGCUCUAUCUGGAGAUAAAUCUCUCACCCAGAAAGAGCCAUUUCUUCCUGCAUCAAGAUUGUUACGGGUGGUACCAACCACGUCCACUGAAGACCCAAUAUACAAUAUCCAACAACAACAUGGUCAUCCCUUCCGUGUGGUACCUGCUGCCAGUGCGCGGAUUCGCUAUUCUCGGUUGAGUUCUUACACUGGCCUCCCGACAACCAUUGCGAGUCUUGAUUUCGAAGUGACACCGUUUCUGAACAGUGAAGUCUCGUUCGACAAAGCAGAGCUACACCUAUCCGACGGCACCAUUGAGAGUAUGUCAGAUGUUCCGGGAUUGUCACUUCCGCUGACCUGCCGACCUCGGGAUGAUGUGACUCUUGUCUACAAACUGACUCCAGACUAUGGACCUGAGACAAAUCCAUCAACGACGGCCAUGAUUAGCACGCUCGACAUCUCCCUCGGGGCUGUUAUUCUCCUAGAUGAUACCUGCCAGCCCCGAAUCUCGAUGCAGUGGAAAACCAACGUCGAUUUCUCCAUGGCUCUCAAUCCGACCUUCGGCAGCCCCAGCCCAGCGUUGCAGAGGACCAAUCGUCCUUCGAGCCUCUCCGUUGGCCAAUCUGGCCGACCGGGUACUGCUCCCAAUAUCCGGAGCUCUUUACGCGAGCGUGCUUAUUCGAUCACCGAUGUGGGUGUCACCAUCUCGUUCUCGGGACCGGUGCGCGUGCAGGUUGGAUCGCCGUUCUCCUGGGACGUUUUCAUUGUGAACCGCUCCAAUAUCCCUCGCAAGUUCGCGCUGAUCGCGAUUCCGCGGCGGAAACGUGUCGACCCACGAGGCCACAUGGCCCGUCCCUCUUCAUCUUCGAUAUCAAGCCGGAAGGAGGACCAAGUGGCCGAAGCUGUUACUGAUGAUAAUAUUGUGCAUGCGAUGCAAAAGAGCGUUGCGGGCCAGGAUGCUGAGUUAAUCAGCCUUAGCACCGAUAUCCGGGUCGGUCCCCUUUUACCUGGAACAUGCCAUUCAACAGAAUUGAAGCUUCUACCCUUGGCAACUGGUCCCCUUCAUCUCGAAGCGGUGCGCCUUGUGGAUGUGAACACGAACGAAACGACUGAUAUUCGAGAUCUACCAGACAUUCUGGCAGACGACCAACCUCGAUCAUCUUCAUAA